AUGACUUUGACUCAUCCUCUCGUUAUUAACCUAUGGAGACAUCAAAUCCCCAAAUACUUCACCAUUUCUUGCCAUCUCAAUCACAGUCUCACUACACUUGAUCCCUUUAGAAACGCGAGCAAUGGUUACGGUUACACCAGCCAAGAUUGGGUCAAGGCAAUAUCAACCCAUAUCACAAACUGCACUAAUAUACAGCAACUCAACGAAAUCUACGCUCAUGUUAUCAGAGUCCAUAUGCUUGAACGUCAACGAGCUCCGUUUUAUUGGAACACCAUCAUAAGAGCAUACACCAGGCUUUCAUCCCCUUCAAAGGCACUGUAUGUAAGCAUAGCCAUGUCUCGCGCUGGGGUCCACCCGGAUACCUACACUCUGCCCGUUAUUUUACAAUCCGUCUCUCAGAAAAACGAAAUCUCAAUCGUCAGACAGUUCCAUUCGGUCGCCACCAAACACGGGCUGAAUACGAAUAAAUUUUGCGAGAGCGGGUUCAUCAGUUUGUAUUCAAAAGCUGGUGAUUUCAACAAUGCGCGUAAACUGUUCGAUGAAAGUCCUGAGAGAAACCUCGGUUCUUGGAAUGCUGUUAUAGGCGGAUUAUCACAAAGUGGGCGUGCUAGAGAAACAGUGGACAUGUUCUUGGAGUUAAAAAGAAGUGGGUUAGCCCCAGAUGACGUAACCAUGGUUAGCAUCACUUCCGCUUGUGGGAGUUUAGGCGAUUUCAAUUUAGCUCUUCAGCUACACAAAUGCGUCCUUCAAGCUAAAACCUUCGAAAAAUCUGAUCUUUUGAUGUUGAAUUCACUCAUAGAUAUGUAUGGGAAAUGUGGUAGAAUGGAUUUAGCUCAUAUCAUUUUUUCAAGAAUGCAAGAAAGAAACGUUUGUUCAUGGACAUCUAUGAUUGUAGGGUAUGCAACACAUGGACAUGUAAAUGAAGCAUUAGAAUGCUUUCGUGCUAUGAGAGAAACACGUGUUAGGCCUAAUGGCGUGACAUUUGUGGGUAUUUUGAGUGCAUGUGUUCAUGGUGGGGUUGUGGAAGAAGGGAGAUAUUACUUUAAUAUGAUGAAAGAUGAGUAUGGGAUUAAACCAAUGUUAGAGCAUUAUGGGUGUAUGGUGGAUUUGUUUAGUCGAUGUGGGUUGCUUGAUGAGGCAAGAGAGAUGGUGGAGGCGAUGCCGAUGGAGGGUAAUGUGGUAAUUUGGGGGAGUUUGAUGGGUGGUUGUGAGAAGUAUGGGAAUGUGAAGAUGGGGGAGUUUGUGGGGAAGAAAUUGAUGGAAUUAGAACCAUGGAAUGAUGGGGUUUAUGUGGUUAUGUCUAAUAUUUAUGCUAGUAAUGGGUUAUGGGAAGAUGUUGGAAAAAUGAGAAAAUUUAUGAAAGAGAGGAGACUUGCCAAGGUUCCUGGUUAUAGCUUAGGAGUAUGA